GAGGCAGCAAAGGAAGUGGCUGAUGAAGUGACAGCACCACGACCUCUUGGUGAAGAAAAUGUGGAGGACAUCCAGAUUCUGCUAACUUCUUCAUCCCAUCCAGUAGAUGUCCGCAACCUCCAGUCAGAAGAAGUUAGCCGAUUGGUGAAAGUUGCUGGCAUAGUUGUUGCUGCAUCAGGAGUGAAGGCCAAGGCGCAGACAUUAAUGGUCCAGUGUCGUUCUUGCCAAGCCACCAUAUCUAAUAUCCAAGUGAAGCCUGGUCUUGAAGGCUAUCAGCUACCAAGGAAAUGUAACACUGAACAAGCUGGAAGACCAAAAUGCCCUCUGGAUCCAUUUUUCAUUGUGCCAGACAAGUGUGCUUGUGUUGAUUAUCAGGUUCUCAAACUGCAAGAAGUACCAGAAAAUUUGCCACAAGGUGAAAUGCCUCGUCAUCUACAGUUAUAUAUUGAUAGAGCAUUAUGUGACCGUGUUGUUCCUGGUAAUCGUGUAACAGUACUUGGCAUUUACUCUAUCAAGAAAAUUGGAAAACCAAAGCAAAGGAACAUUCGUGACAAAGUGACAGUUGGUAUCAGAGCUCCAUAUUUGAGAGUGGUUGGUAUUCAGAUUGAUCAGGAAGGCCAUGGUUAUUCCUCUGGCGUUAGCAUCACAUCUUCUGAGGAAGAAGAGUUCCGUCGUCUGGCUCAGUCAGAAAACGUAUACGAGAGGAUUGCUCGAAGUAUAGCUCCAAGUAUUUUUGGUUCGGAGGAUAUAAAAAAAUCUGUGGCCUCCCUUUUGUUUGGUGGUUCCCGCAAACGUUUGCCUGAUGGAUUGACUCGUAGAGGUGACAUUAAUGUACUUCUGUUGGGUGAUCCUGGUACUGCAAAAUCACAGCUGUUGAAGUUCGUUGAACGUGUUGCACCCAUUGCCGUGUACACCUCAGGAAAAGGUUCAUCUGCUGCUGGUCUCACUGCUUCAGUAAUGAGAGAUCCUGCUACUCGCAAUUUUGUAAUGGAAGGUGGAGCAAUGGUGUUGGCUGAUGGUGGUGUUGUAUGCAUUGAUGAGUUCGACAAAAUGCGAGAAGAUGAUAGAGUAGCCAUCCAUGAAGCCAUGGAACAACAAACCAUUAGUAUAGCCAAAGCAGGUAUUACAACAACAUUGAACUCAAGGUGCUCUGUGAUGGCUGCAGCUAACUCUGUCUUUGGCCGAUGGGAUGAUACAAAGGGCGAAGAAAAUAUUGAUUUUAUGCCUACCAUCCUGUCCCGAUUUGACAUGAUCUUCAUUGUUAAGGAUGAGCAUGAUGAAGCAAGAGACACGACAUUGGCAAAGCAUGUCAUGAAUGUUCAUCUCAAUGCACUCAAAACUGCAGAGGAAACUCCGGAAGGUGAACUGUCGCUCAAGUUUUUGAAGAAAUACAUUAGCUAUUGUAGAAGCCGCUGUGGACCAAGACUGUCGGAGAGUGCUGGAGAAAAGUUGAAGAACAGAUAUGUUUUGAUGAGAGGAGGAACUCGUGAAGCUGAAAAUCAAAGUGAUAAGCGAAUGGCAAUUCCCAUAACAGUCAGACAGUUGGAGGCCAUUGUUCGUAUCUCAGAGUCGUUAGCUAAAAUGAGAUUGGAACCAUUUGCUACAGAACGAGAUGUUGACGAAGCUUUAAGACUUUUCCAGGUUUCCACCCUUGAUGCAGCAAUGUCUGGAUCUCUUACAGGAGUUGAGGGAUUCACAACAGAAGAGGAUCAAGAAGUUUUGUCCCGCAUAGAAAAGCAGUUGAAGAGAAGAUUUGCCAUUGGGUCCCAGGUCUCGGAACAUGCUAUUGUCCAAGAUUUUCUUAGACAGAAAUAUCCUGAAAAGGCCAUCUACAAAGUCUUACACUUUAUGAUUCGGCGAGGAGAAGUUCAGCACAGAUUGCAAAGGAAAAUGCUGUAUCGUAUCAAGUAGACUAUAGUUGAUAGCUUGUAUUCUGUAUUUACUUUCCUAGUUUCAUUUUAAUUAGUCGAUUGGUAUGCUAAUCAGUGAGUGACUGGUCAGAAAAAUAAUCAAGUAUUAAGCAUAAUUUGUCAUAUUUUUCUUGCUCUUUUUAUAUUUACACCAUCUUAGUACAGAAUUGACAAAAAAAAAAAUCUGGCUGAUUAGUAUAUUAACAAAAUUUUGUUUGCAUGCAUAUAAGGUCGGUAACAUUUCUACUCAUGUAAAAAAAAUUAUCAAUAUAUACUUUUAAUUAGAUUAGUUUAGUUUGUAUUAAAAGUUGAAUUUCUGGGAACUGAAAUCUGUUGUACAAUAACUGAAAAGUUUUUUUUUAUUUUUUUAGUGAGAAAUAGUUCAUGUAAUAUCAAGUAAUGGUGUCUAAUAAUAUUUUUCAUAUGUAAUAUAAGGAUUUGAUAUGGUUUCAUGAACAUCUUUGAACUGAUGACUACAAAGUCUUGUUUCACUAGAGAACAUUGUUAGAUGAUGUAGUUAACUAAUCUGUGAUUACUCUAAUUUUGAAGUCUUUAUAAAAAUAAAAAAGAAUUGUUUAUAUAAAGAAAUUUUUGUAGAAAA